ACAAACUAGCAAUCAAUUAUUAACCAUUUCUACUCGCAAAUUAACUUAGCCUCAAUUAAUGGCUACCCCAAACCACCUCCACAUUCUGUACCUAAGACAAAACGCGAGGACCAAUCUCCCUCAAACGGAAGAAGAAAUCGAUUACGCCGGAAGGGCGCAGUGGCUCCGAGCCGCAGUGCUCGGAGCUGACGACGGCCUGCUCUCCGUCGCAUCACUCAUGAUGGGAAUAGGAGCCAUUAGAGACGAUGUCAAAGCCAUGAUCCUCACCGGCUUUGCCGGACUCUUAGCCGGCGCGUGCAGCAUGGCGGUCGGCGAAUUCGUCUCUGUUUACUCACAGCUCGACAUGGAGAUGAAGAGAGAGAAAGGAAUGGCUGAAAAUGGAGAGAGGGAAAGGGAAAGGCGUCCUAACCCUUUGCAGGCUGCCAUGGCAUCGGCUCUCGCCUUCUCGUUUGGAGCUAUUCUACCGUUACUUGCAGCUGCAUUCAUAACUAACCAUAAUGUCCGGCUAGGGGUGGUGGUGGCGGCGGCCACCUUGGGGCUGGCUGCGUCUGGCGGCGCCGGGGCCGCGCUGGGGGGGACCAAGGUGGUGAGCUCUUGUGGUAGGGUGGUGGUGGGAGGAUGGAUGGCCAUGGCCAUCACGUUUGGUCUCACUAAGUUACUUGGGACUAGUGGUUUAUGCAUUUAAGAUAUUCUAUUAUCAAUUUGUUUGACAUUAUGUAUUGCAGAUAUAAAUGAAAGACAUAUGGCAAGGAUAAAAGUUUAAGAUUAUUAGA